GCGGCAGGGGGUGGAGGCUGCGGCAAGAGCGGCGGUGGCGGCGGCCGAGCUGGAGCAGCCGCCUCCCUCUCCCUCCUCCUUGCGCGCUCCCCUCCUCCCGGCCCCGGCGGCGGCGGCCGCGACCGCCACGCUGAGCCCGGAGCCGCAGGACCCGCCGCCGCGCAGGACCAAAGCCGCCGUCACGCUGAAGCGCCACAGGUAGCCUCGUUCAGGACGGACCCUUCUGGCAUUUGACCAUUUUGCAGUGGAAUACCGGAAACGCGCAAAUCUGGGUUUGAAACUAUGAGCUCGGUAGCAGUGUUAACACCCGAGAGCUUUGCUGAGCACCGAAGCGGCCUGAGGGAUGAAGAAACACGAGGUGGUGUCCCAGAGGAUGAGGCCUACAUCCCCACUUACUUGGAAGCUUUCCCCCCACUCCCAGAAAAGGGAGCUCCAGGGGAAAAGUCCAGUGAGUUCACAGGAGUAUGGAACAAGAUCCGGCCUAUCAAAUCCUCUGUCAUCACCCAGGUGUUUCACGUCCCCUUGGAAGAGCGACGCUACAAGGACAGCAGCCAGUUUGGAGAAGGCGAUGAGCCAAAGGUUUGUGUGGACAUCAUGCAGAAGACGGGGGCUCACAUUGAGCUGUCCUUGGCCAAGGACCAGGGCUUGUCUAUCAUGGUGACUGGCAAACUGGACUCCGUCAUGAAGGCUCGGAAGGAAAUAGUCGCUCGGCUUCAGACCCAGGCUUCAGCUACCGUCACAAUCCCCAAGGAACACCAUCGCUUUGUGAUUGGCAAGAGUGGCGAAAAACUGCAGGAGCUUGAGCUGAAGACGGCCACCAAGAUCAACAUCCCACGGCCAGAGGACCCUAGCAACCAGAUCAAGAUCACAGGCACUAAAGAAGGCAUUGAGAAAGCACGGCACGAGAUCUUGCUCAUCUCAGCUGAGCAGGAUAAGCGAGCAGUAGAGCGCUUGUGCCUGGAGAAGGCUUUUCACCCGUUCAUUGCCGGAGCCUUCAACAAAGUGGUGCAGGAGAUCAUGCAGGAAACAGGGGCUCGCAUCAACAUCCCCCCGCCCAGCGUCACCAAGGAUGAGAUCAUCAUCACAGGCGAGAAGGAACCCGUUGCCCAGGCACUCCUGCGUAUCCGCAAGAUCUAUGAGGAUAAGAAGCGCAAGACGACCACCAUCUCCGUGGAGGUGAAGAAGUCUCAGCACAAGUACAUCAUUGGCCCCAAAGGCAACACCUUGCAAGAGAUCCUGGAUGCCACUGGAGUCUCAGUAGAGAUGCCCCCCCUCGAAAGCAGUUCAGAAACGAUCAUCCUCCGGGGGGAGCCUGACAAGCUGGGUCCGGCUUUGACUCAGGUCUAUGCCAAGGCGAAGAGUGUGAUGGUAGCUGAAGUAACGGCCCCAGCCUGGUUACAUCGUUUUAUAAUCGGAAAGAAAGGGCAGAACAUUGGCAGAAUUACUCAGCAGCUACCUAAGGUUCACAUUGAAUUCACGGAUGGAGAUGAGAAGAUCACGUUGGAGGGACCCACUGAAGAGGUGGAAUUGGCUCAGGUGCAGAUACAGGAAAUCAUUCGGGAUCUGCUUGGUCGAAUGGAUUACACCGAAGUGCUCAUAGAUCAGCGAUUCCACCGCCAUCUGAUAGGGAAAAAUGGAGCCAACAUCAACCGCAUCAAGGAACAGCAUAAAGUCUCUGUCCGCAUUCCCCCCGACAACGAGAAAAGCAACCUGAUUCGGAUUGAGGGGGACCCUCAGGGGGUGCAGCUGGCCCGCAAGGAGCUGCUGGAGAUGGCCGCUCGCAUGGAAAACGAACGCACAAAGGACUUGAUAAUCGAGCAGCGCUUCCACCGGACCAUUAUUGGACAAAAAGGCGAGAAGAUCAAGGAGAUCCGUGACAAGUUCCCAGAGGUGAUCAUCAACUUCCCAGACCCCUCCCAGAAGAGUGACAUUGUACAGCUGCGUGGCCCUAAAAAUGAAGUGGAGAAGUGUGCCAAGUAUCUCCAGAAAGUCAUUGCAGAACUGAUUGAGAACAGUUUCUCCAUCCCCGUUCCCAUCUUCAAGCAAUUCCACAAGAACAUUAUUGGGAAAGGAGGCGCCAACAUCAAGAAGAUUCGAGAGGAAACCAAUACCAAGAUUGACCUCCCCACAGAAAACAGCAACUCGGAGGUGAUCCUGAUAACCGGGAAGAAGGCUAACUGUGAAGGCGCUCGGGACCGCAUCCUGGCCAUCCAGAGGGAGCUGGCAAACAUAAAAGAAGUGGACGUGUCUAUUCCAUCCAAGUUGCACAACUCGCUGAUCGGGGCCAAGGGACGGCUGGUGCGCUCCAUCAUGGAAGAGUGUGGUGGGGUCCACAUCCACUUCCCUUCAGAGGGCUCGGGCAGUGACAAGGUCACCAUCCGAGGGCCUGGAGAGGAGGUGGAGAAAGCAAAACGUCAGCUGUUGCAGCUCGCUGAGGAGAAGCAAAUCAACAACCACUUGGUUGAGCUGCACAUCAAGCCGGAGUACCACAAGUUCCUGAUCGGGCGUGGAGGUGCCAAUAUCCGUAAAGUGAGAGACCGCACCGGCGCCCGCAUCAUCUUCCCCACUCCCGACGACAAGGACCAGGAGCUCAUCACCAUUGUGGGAAAGGAGGACUCGGUGCAGCAGGCCCAGCACGAGUUGGAGACCCUCAUCCGGAACCUGGAUAACAUUGUUGAGGAUUCGAUGCUGGUGGAGCCCAAGUACCACCGUCACUUUGUGGCACGCCGGGGUCACGUUCUGCGGGAGAUCGCGGAGGAGUACGGGGGCGUCAUAGUGAGCUUCCCCCGUACUGGUGUCCAGAGUGAUCGUGUGAUGCUCAAGGGAGCCAAGGACUGUGUGGAGGCUGCCAAGAGGCGCGUCCUGGAGAUCAUUGGUGACCUGGAGGCCCAGGUGGUGCUGGAAUGUGUCAUCCCGCAGCGCUUCCACCGCGUUGUCAUGGGAGCCAAAGGUUACAGGGUGCAGCAGAUCACUCGAGAUCACGAUGUACAGAUCAAAUUCCCAGAGCGAGACGACAAUCCAGAAGCACAGCCUCAGGAAAACGGUGAGGUGAGCCCUGAGCCAGACUCCACUCCCCGCAAAUGUGACAUCAUCCUAAUCUCGGGGCGCAAGGAGAAGUGCGAGUCAGCACGGGCAGCGUUACUGGCUCUGGUUCCCAUCACCGUGGAUGUAGAUGUCCCCUUUGAUCUGCAUCGCUACAUCAUUGGGCAAAAAGGUGCCGGCAUCCGCAAGAUGAUGGAGGAAUAUGAGGUGAACAUCUCCGUGCCGCAACCUGAGCAGCAGUCGGACAUCAUCAAGAUCACAGGUCUGGUACCUAACGUAGAGCGAGCCAGAACAGGCCUCUUGGAGAGAGUCAAGGAAUUGCAGGCUGAGCAGGAAGAUCGGGCAUUGCGGAACUUCAAGCUUACGGUGAGCGUGGAGCCCAAGUAUCACCCAAAGAUCAUUGGCAAGAAGGGGGCCGUCAUCUCCCAGAUCCGUAAGGACCAUGAUGUCACUGUCCAGUUCCCAGAUAAAGGGGAUGAGAAUCAGGACCUCAUCACAAUCACUGGAUACGAGAAGAAUGCAGAGGGGGCCCGUGACGCCAUCUUGAAAAUUGUGGCAGACCUCGAGGAGAUGGUCAAUGAAGAUGUCCGAUUGGAUCACCGGGUCCAUGCCCGCAUCAUUGGUGGGCGGGGAAAGGCCAUCCGAAAGCUCAUGGAAGAGUUCCGGGUGGACAUCCGGUUCCCUCAGCCGGGCUCCAGUGACCCUGACAGGGUCACGGUGACGGGGCUGCCUGAAAACGUCGACGAUGCUAUUGACCACCUGCUCAACUUGGAAGAGGAAUAUAUGAUGGAUGUGGUGGAGACGGAAACCAUGGCUGCAUAUAUGAAGCCCCCCUCUCGCUUGGAGGAGGAGCCCCGGGGCCCAGCCAAGGGCUUUGUGGUGCGAGAUGCCCCUUGGAAUGCAUCUGGGAAUAAGGCUCCAGAUGUGAGCAGCGCCGAAGAGUUUCCAGUCUUCGGCACGGGUGUCGUCCCCAAGCAAACGUCUGUCUGGGGCCCCAAGAAGUUCUGAGGUGGGGAGGGUUUGAGGGGAAUGUGGCAUUACCAGCCAGGCAUGGCUCCUGCCUCCCUCAGGCAUUGUGGCGUUUUUUCUUGUGCCGCGGGCUCUCUGCCGAUCUCCUCUCGCUGUCAGGAUGCGGCUGACUCCUGCGCUCCUUUUUUUUCUCCGUGACUCUGUGCAAUCCAUUAACUGAUCAAAAGCCAUAGCCUCCUCCCCUUUCUCCCCCCCCCCUCCAUUGAGCCAAAGCAGGCUAGGUUGUAAGCACACAAAUUGAAAACCAGCCUCAUAAGGCGGGUUCCUCUCUCCCCCUCUCAUGCCAAAUUCAGGGCAUUAAUACAUCCCAGCCUUCUCCUGCCCCCCAAAAGGAGUAGGCAAGACCCUUCCCCCUCCAUGUCUGCUCUCUCCUCCUGGGUGUAGAAUACUCUGGUGCAUGUUCGAACCCUCUCUGGAGGAACUGAGCAUUUCAGGGCUCCAUACCCUUAAGAUCAAGAACAGGCAGAUUGCUUUGAAUCCCUCCAGGCCAGCUUGUGAGCCCCCUACCUACCUUGGGCUGCCAGUACCUCCAAGCUUGCAAAAUCCCCCUUCUUUGCCUCCCUCCAGGCAAUUACAGUAGAUUUUUGAGAAGCACUACCAGAAUAGACAGGAGGUAACGGGAGGGAGGGGCAAGCAGCGUCCAUGGGGCGGUAUCUAGGACCAAGAUCUUUGGUUCCCAGUGGCUGGAACAAACCUUUUUAGAAGCAGCACUUAGAAACGUGACCCACUCAGCAAGCUUCCCUUCUGCCGUCCUCCCCUCAAUUCAUUCCUAGCACAGCUUCUUUCAUAGAGUUGGUUGUGCUCUUUUUAUUUUCCAUUUUCAUCCCUUCCCCUUUUUUGCUUUCUUUCCCUCAUGUCUUCCUCAAGUUGCACUUGCUUUGAAACGUUAGGAAAAAUAUGCAACAUUGAACAAAGAGACAGAUGCUCUUUAUUUCCCCCCUUCCCUCUGUUUCUAGUCCCUGCAUUCAAUUCCAGAUUGAAAACAAACUGUGACUUCUGGAUUUUUGUGUGUGUGUAUGUGUGUGUGCGCGUGCGUGUGUGUGCGGGGGGUGGUGGAAGUGAGCACAGUGGCUCCACCUAUUCCCUGGCCUGAUCCCCCCCCCCUUCCUCCCCUGCACUGCCAUGUCUGCAUGACGUGGCAAAAAGAAAAAAAGAAAAGGGAAGGACCGCUUAACCAAGUUUGUGACGGUAGGGGUGGGGAUAAGAAAAAAAAAAUGACAAAAAGCGAAGGACACUCUUGGCCUUAAAGACAAAAGAAGAGAAUUUAAAAAAUAAAAAUAAAGUUGGAGUAAGGAAAUAUGCAAACUCUGUAAGUCACAUGGUGACUGUGGACUUUUCUAAUUCCAAAUAAAAUGGAGCGGAAAAACA